AUCGCAUAUUAAAUUCAUUGUCUAACGAUAAGAAAGUAUGAAUACCAAACCGGCCGGAAACUAAAAUACCAAUUACAAUGUUUCCUAAACCGUAUUGAAAGCAGGGAUAAAGAGCAAACAUUCUAAAAACGGGUAAACUAAUAAGAUGAGCUUACAACACCAUAUGUUCUGUCCUUUUGUAUGUAAGAUGCUGACGUGGUAAACAUCCCUAACUGAAACCGAAGAAGAUCGAAACAAGACAACCCAAAUUACACAAACAAAGAAAGGCUAAGUUCUCUGCUUCAUAUGAAACCAUAAUCGGAUCUCAAACCCUUGCCGUGACGGUGAAGGUACCGUUGGCCAACGACGACGACGGCUCUUAUGACGUAACCUUCUUCUCCAGCCGAACCAGCAGCAUCAGUGGUCUAUCUAUCAAACCUACAAUAUCAUGAUCCCGCUUUGAAAUCUCUCAGCUUUUAUCUCUGAAAAUGGGAUCUAGAAUCCAAGAAGAGAAGGAGAUGGAACCAGAUAUGGAGAAGGGUUGGGCGACGGAUCCGGUGAGUCCGGCAGGAAGUACUGUAGCGGACCUGUCGUCACCAACUCCAACCCCAAGGAAGACUCUGGUUCUGUCCAAUUCAGGGAAGGCUCUUAUGGUGUCUAAUUCAAGCAAGUCCUUAGGACUUUCCAAUUCGGGAAAACGGUUUGAUCCAACGGGUAAAAAGAAGUAUGUGAAACAAGUCACUGGCCGCCACAACGACACCGAGCUUCAUCUAGCUGCUCAAAGAGGAGACUUGGCUGCUGUUAAGCAGAUUCUUAGUGACAUUGAUUCUCAGAUUACUGGUACCAUUUCAGGAUCUGAUUUUGAUGACGAGGUGGCACAAAUAAUGACAUCAGUGGUAAACGAGGUUAAUGAGUUAGGAGAGACACCACUUUUUACAGCAGCAGAGAAAGGCAAUAUUGAUGUUGUGAAAGAGCUUUUGUGUUAUACCACCAAAGAGUCUCUUAUGCAGAAGAAUCUUUCUGGAUUCGACGCUUUACAUAUUGCUUGCAGUCAAGGCCAUCGAGCUAUUGUUCAGUUACUGCUAGAGCAUGAACCUCUAUUGAGUAAAACAGUAGCUCAAUCAAACGCAACACCACUUGUUUCUGCUGCAACACGAGGGCAUUCAGAAGUAGUUAAUGAGUUGCUUGCUAAAGACUCAAGCUUGCUUGAGAUAUCAAGAUCUAAUGGGAAAAACGCGCUUCACCUAGCUGCACGUCAAGGUCAUGUAGAUAUUGUAAGAACGUUGCUUGAUAAAGAUCCGCAGUUAGCAAGAAGAACAGACAAGAAAGGACAAACGUCUUUACAUAUGGCUGUGAAAGGAAUUAGCUCAGAAGUCGUGAGAUUACUCCUUCGAGCUGAUCCGGCUAUCGUCAUGCUUCCUGACAAGUUUGGUAACACCGUGUUGCAUAUCGCUACACGAAAGAAAAGAGCAGAGAUUGUGAAUGAACUGUUACAACUUCCUGAUACAAACGUGAAUGCGCUAACACGAGAUCAUAAGACCGCCUACGACAUAGCUGAAGGACUCACUCAUUCAGAGGAAACGCAAGAGAUCAAAGAAAUAUUAUCCCGUUGCGGUGCACUCAAAGCAAACGAGCUGAACCAGCCAAGAGACGAGCUGCGAAAGACCGUGACCGAGAUUAAAAAAGACGUCCACACGCAGCUAGAACAAACCCGAAGAACCAACAAAAACGUCGACGGAAUCGCCAAGGAGCUAAGGAAACUCCACAGAGCUGGGAUCAACAAUGCUACAAACUCUGUAACCGUCGUGGCUGUCCUCUUCGCCACCGUGGCAUUCGCAGCCAUUUUCACGGUUCCGGGAGGCGAUGACGACAACGGUGUGGCCGUGAUGGUACACGCAACAUCAUUCAAGAUAUUCUUUAUAUUCAACGCGAUUGCGCUCUUCACUUCGUUAGCAGUAGUUGUCGUGCAAAUCACGUUAGUGAGAGGAGAGACUAAAACGGAGAGACGUGUGGUGGAAGUAAUCAAUAAACUGAUGUGGCUUGCCUCUGUCUGCACCAGCGUGGCGUUCAUUUCUUCCUCCUACAUUGUGGUUGGUCGGAGAAAUAGAUACGCUGCUGUUGUGGUUACGGUUAUAGGAACCGUGACGAUGACAGGGAUUUUGAGUAUAAUGACUUAUUAUGUUGUGAAGUCUAAGAGAACGAGGAAGGUGAGGAAGAAGGAGAAGAAGAAGAAGUUUGGCAGAACGGGGACAGGCUCAUGGCAUAAUGCGAAUCCAUCCGAGACUGAAUCGGAGGUUAAUCCAAUUUACGCUAUCUGAUCGACGAUGAUGAUUGAUUAUCAAUGGAAACUCAUAUAUUUUUUUUGGUUCUUGAUUUAUGUAAGUGUAGUAUUUUUUUUUUACCAUUAAGAGUUGAACUGUCUUACAUGUGACUGAAAGGAAAAUCAGAAAACAAGUGUUUAUGACACUAACGCAAACUAUUGUUAGCCUACACACUUCCUGUUAAAAAAUUCAAAGUGUUGGUUUUGUUUAGAUUAGGUUUUUUUUUUUUUUUUUACAUUUUUCAUGGAUUGGUUUUGUAAUCUUGCUAACUUUCUAAGUUUAUGUUGAUCUUUGUUAUUUUCUUCUUCUCUUCCAUUCAACAAGGCCUUGAAGGUCCGAAAACAUAAUUAAGAUUAUAUGAUACCUACAAAUUAUAUCCAAAUGCAAAGGUUCUCUACUUUUUUUCCUAUGUAUUUGGGAAAAGGAACAAAAACUAAGGUCUUAUGCAAAACAUUCUCACAUCAUAUAUAGUUUUUUUCAUAUUGUAUUUACUCCUUACAUGAGACAUUACAAAUAGAGAAAAGUUUCUGCUUUUAGCUCGUAUCAUAUAUAGCUCGUAUCUACCUGAUUUCUUUAGUCAACCUCUUCUACUGGUAGUUUCCAGAAGUUCCAUGGGUUAUAUAAUCUUCUUAUGGAGUGGACGUGUAAGCAAACACACUUGAAAACAAUGCCAACAAACUCCAUUAAACGUCAAUAUGUCCGAGUGGUUAAGGAGACAGACUCAAAAUCUGCUGAUGUUCAAUUUCUUACAAGAGGUUUUUCACAACCUUCUAGAGUUUCUACUCUUUUUUUUUUGACACAAAACAUCUAUACUAUUAAGC